GUCCAACUGUCUGUUUGGCUUGCGAGAGACUGUUUCGCCCCCCUUGCCCGGUCCAAGAGAAAAUAAAAAGAAAAGAAAAGAGUUGGGAAAUGGAAAAAAUGAGAAAGGCGGGUAAAUAACAAUUAUAUAUUCAUAAUUUAUAACAACACAGAGAGAGCAUAGAGGGCAGGAAGAAGGAAGAAGAAGACUGAAAAAGCAGCAUCUCACACACUCUUCUAUCAUUCUUUCAAAAGUUUCAAAGCUUUGUUGGUUGCUAUGGAUUUGGACCCUGAUGAUAUCUUCCGAGAUGACGAGGACGACCUCGAUAAUGAUUUCCAUCUGGAAAAGGAGGCAACCAAAGAGUUUUUGGUGAUCUUGGUCGAUGCUUCCCCCAAAAUGUUCAACACUACUUCUCCUUCUGAAGAUAACAAGGAUGAAACUCAUUUUCAUAUUGCUGUGAGUUGCAUAUCUCAGUCAUUAAAGACUCAAAUCAUCAAUAGAUCGUAUGAUGAAGUUGCUAUAUGCUUCUUUAACACGAGGGAAAAGAAAAAUUUACAGGACUUAAAUGGUGUCUUUGUUUUCAAUGUAGCUGACCGAGAUUAUUUAGACAGGCCUACUGCAAGGCUAAUAAAAGAGUUUGACCUUAUAGAGGAUUCAUUUAUGAGAGAAAUCGGAAGUCAGUAUGGUAUUGUUUCUGGGUCUCGAGAGAAUUCUCUUUACAAUGCACUCUGGGUAGCACAAGCUUUAUUGCGCAAAGGAUCAACAAAGACAGCUUAUAAGCGGAUGCUAUUGUUCACAAAUGAAGACGAUCCAUUUGGGAGUAUCGAGGGAGCAGCAAAGGCUGAUAUGAGAAAAACAACAAUGCAGCGGGCUGAAGAUGCACGGGAUCUUGGCAUCUCAAUUGAACUUCUCCCAUUGAGUAGGCCUGAUGAAGAGUUCAAUGUUUCUCAUUUCUAUGCUGAUCUAAUGGGGCUGAAAGGUGAUGAUCUUGCUCAAUUUAUUCCCUCAGCAGGACAGAAGGUCGAGGAUAUGAAAUUUCAGCUUAGAAAGCGUAUGUUCACAAAACGAGUAGUUAGAAAAAUCAAUUUUUCAAUUGCUAAUGGAUUAUCAAUUGAGCUUGGCUCAUAUGCUUUGAUUCGACCAGCUGUUCCAGGAGCAACUACCUGGCUUGAUUCAGUUACCAAUCAUCCUCUAAAGACUGAGAGAACUUUAAUCUGCACAGAUACUGGUGCAUUGCUAUCUGCAUCUACCAAGCACUUUCAGCCUUACAAAAAUGAAAAUAUCAAGUUUUCAGUGGAAGAGCUAUCAGAGAUAAAAAGAAUUUCAACUGGAAAUCUCCGUCUUUUAGGAUUCAAGCCAUUAAGUUGUUUGAAAGAUUAUCACAACUUGAAGCCAUCAACAUUUCUAUAUCCUAGUGAUGAGGAAGUGAGUGGUAGCAGAUGCAUUUUUAUUGCUCUGCAUAGGUCCAUGCUGCGGCUUAAGCGUUUUGCAGUUGCAUUUUACGGAAUUUCAUCUUGUCCUCGAUUGGUUGCCCUUGUUGCUCAAGAUGAAAUAAUUCGUGAUGGUGGUCAGGUUGAGCCGCCGGGAAUGAACAUGAUUUAUCUUCCAUAUUCUGAUGACAUCAGAGAUAUUGAUGAGGUUCUUCCAGAUUCAGAUGCUGCAACACCUCAUGCAACUGACGAGCAAAUCAGAAAGGCUGCUGCUUUAGUUAAACGAAUUGACUUGAAAGAAUUUUCAGUAUGCCAAUUUGCCAACCCUGCCUUGCAGAGGCAUUAUGCAGUGUUACAGGCCUUAGCUUUGGAGGAGGAUGAGAUGCCAGAUAUCAAAGAUGAAACAUUGCCAGAUGAAGAAGGCAUGUCUAGACCAGGUGUUGUUAGUGCUUUGGAAGAUUUCAAGCUUUCUGUUUAUGGGGACCAUUAUGAUGAGGAAUGUGAAGGAAAAGCCAGUGGAACAUCCAGAAAACGAAAAACACCUGCUGAAAAUGCAGUUAAGGAAUGUGCAAGCUACAAUUGGGGUGACCUUGCAGACAACGGACAGCUGAAGGAUUUGACUGUAACAGAGUUGAAGUACUACUUGGCAGCUCACAACCUUCCUGUUGCGGGAAAGAAAGAAGCUUUGAUUAGUAGGAUACUAACUCACAUGGGAAAGUGACAAGUUAGAGGCUGACUUUAUGUCGCAAAUAGCAGUCUAAAACUUGUCAAACAUUCUGGUACAUUCCUUUUUGAUACAAUCUGAUGGAUGACUUUGUAUUGCCAGUUUGUGAGAUAAACUCAGGAUUUUGUUUAGAAAAAGGUUUCUUGCAUGUAUAUGGUGUUCCCACUGUCAAAUUCAAUGAAGAAUUUAUGUUGUGGGAGGCUUCUAGUUAGUGUUGAAAUUUCAGUAUAAAAACCGUAGUGUUACAUAUUUUGUAAAGAAGUCUAGUCACAAGUAGUACAUUUACCAGGUAAGCUCUGCCUUUAGAUAAUGUAUAUUUCAAGCAAGUAGCUUGAAUUUUGCUGGUCAAAUUGGAUGUGUAUCUAUUUGAGGUUUUUUAACUUGUCUAUGUGAUACAUAUUUGAUAAAUUUUUCCAUUUUUAUUUUGCAA